UCAACAAAACCCUUAUCUAGUUGUUUUCAUGGUAAAGUAUAGGUUAUGUGUUUCGUAAAUUUAUUGAAUUGUGUUUUUAUUUACAAUGCUGUAUUCUUGCGUUUGUUUUCGUAGUUUCAAACAUAUUAAAGUUGAAGUUACCAACAUUUUAUGUAAAAGAAAUUUGUUUUCAAUUGCUGUACCAGUGUUGAGUUUGUGUAAAACAAGAGAAUGUUCUAACCUAACAACUCUAAAUAGGAAUUAUAGUUCUGUUCAAGGGGAAAAUCACUGUAACAUAGGAACAAUUGGUCAUGUUGAUCAUGGGAAAACAACUUUGACAGCUGCAAUUACGAAAGUAAUGUCUAAAUAUGGGAAUACUAAAUAUAUUCCGUUUGAACAAAUUGAUAAAGCACCUGAAGAGAAAGCGAGAGGAAUAACAAUCAAUGCAGCUCACAUUGAAUAUUGGAGUUCCAAAAGACACUAUGCUCAUACUGACUGCCCAGGCCAUGCAGAUUAUGUUAAAAAUAUGAUAUCUGGCGCCUCCCAAAUGGAUGGUGCUAUAGUAGUAGUAGCUGCGGAUGAUGGACAAAUGCCUCAAACGAGGGAACAUCUAUUUCUCGCAAAACAAAUUGGCUUAAGUAAGAUAUUAGUUUAUAUCAAUAAAGCUGAUUUAGUAGAUAAUGAAGUUAUUGAACUAGUUGAAUUAGAAAUGAGAGAAAUGCUUAAAGAUUUUGGAUUUGAUGGAGAUAACUGCCCAGUAAUAGUAGGUUCAGCAUUACUUGCAUUGCAAGGAGAUACUUCUAAAAUAGGCGAAAAGUCUAUUAUCGAUUUGAUUGAUGCAGUUGAUAACUAUAUACCUACACCUACAAGGGAUUUGACAUCUCCUUUUUUGAUGCCCAUUGAUAACGUUUUAUCCGUACCAGGAAGAGGUAGCGUUGUAGUUGGAACAAUUGGAAAAGGAGUGAUGAAGAAACAAAUUGAAGCUGAUCUUCUUGGUUUUAGUAGACAUAUUAAAACUGUAGUGUCAGAUAUACAAGUAUUUCAGAAGUCUGUGCAACAAGCCAUUGCUGGAGAAAAUAUUGGUUGUUUGUUGAGAGGCGUUAAAGUAAGUGAUGUCAACAGAGGUAUGAUAUUAUGUGCCAAAGGAAGUGUUACAUUCAGUAAUCAUUAUGUUGCUCAAGUAUAUUUCCUGUCACGAAGUGAAGGUGGUAGACGGCAUCCAGUAACUAAUAAAUAUAUACAACAACUGUUUAGUCAAACUUGGAAUGUGUCGUGCCGCAUUGAUUUGGUUGAAGGAUCUUCAAUGGUUAUGCCUGGAGAACAUUCUUCUGUAACAUUAACUCUGCUUUACAAAAUGGUAAUGAGCCCGGGUCAGUCAUUUACUAUAAGGGAAAAUAAUGUUACUGUAGCUACAGGUAUUAUUUCAAAAGUUCUUCAACCUUUGACAUUACCAGAGAAAAAAGGACUUGUAAGAGUGGAAGUUUGCCGUCUAAAAGCUGAUGUACAAAUGUAAUUUAUUAUUUUAACUAAAAAACUUAACUUCAGUUUCA